AUGUGCGGGGGCGACAUUGUGCACGGUCCCCCAGCCGGAGAACAAGCACGAGAUAAUAAGGUCACGUGCUACGGCAGUCUCGUCUCGCUGGGCGGAAUUCACCCCUUUUGCGAGAAGAACCGCCAGGCCCGCUGCACCAGCGAUGAAUCCCUUCAGAGCUCCGUCUCGACUAGACGGAGCUUGGCACAAGCGAAGUGCAAAGCUUUCCAGAUCCCGAACUCCAAAGCAAACGGGCCUCAGCCCGAGUGUCCGGUCGAAGCGGACAUUGACCUCCCAGGCGACCUAAAGGAUCAGGUCCUUGUGUUCAAGUAUAAGGGAAAAUUUCAUGCCGUCGAUCACCAAUGCCCUCACUCGUCGUUCCCACUGUCACAGGGGAGCCUCUUUGACAUUGAAGAUUUUGGUGUCGUGCUCAGCGCCGGCAUCACAUGCCCCAAGCACGGCUGGUCCUUUGACCUCUUCUCUGGGCAGUCGGACCGUGGCAAUUACAAGCUCAAGGUUUGGGAGGUGCAGCAGCGUGACCUUCCUGCAUCGGCCGAUGGGGCUUCUGAGACUACCGACAAGGAGGUGUGGGUGAGGCGGAAGCAACGAAUUGGCUAG